CAACGACCCGCGGCGCCGGCGCCGCACCCCGGGGACUCGAGCUCCGAAGACGACGAACCGACCCCGCGCGCUGUGCCCAAGUUUGUCAUCCGCGGCGCGCCCCCGCUCCCGCUCGAGCCGCCGCCGCCGAUGCGAGCGGAACGCGACGAUCGCGAUCCCUUCGCCACCACCUUCCCGGUUGACGACUCGCUCGUGCCAAAGCCGACUUUAGGUGACUUUGCAAAAGUCGCUCCGCCUACCGUCUCGCCGAUCCCGCCGCCGCCGCUGCCGCCGCCGCCGGUACGAACCGCGGUGCGCGCCGCGGAUGACGAGACGAGCGACGCCGCCGCAUCGACGGCGACGACGUCGCCCUUCGCGGGGACGACGACGACGCCGCCGGCACGCCCCGCGGACGACUACGCCGACUUUGACGCGCACUCGCCGUUGAACCUCUCGUCGCUCGGGCUGGACGACGGAUAUGGGGCGGCGAGGUCCCCGGACGCGCGAUCGCCGGACGGGGCGUCGAUGGAGCCGGCGCGGGGUAGGACGUACAGGGACGACCUGGCCGAUAGGAUAUGGGAAGACUCGCGGUACCGGUAGGCGCUAGCUAGCCAGAGCUAUAAGUUAGUUGUAGGCUUGGUCUUCGAGCG